AUGGAGAAUGUCGAUGUUAGGAAUGUUCAAAGUAAACAAGAGAAGAAACCUGGAACUUCAUCCCCAGUCCCUUUGAACUCUGCGGUUAGCCCUUGCACUCUUCUGCCUGUGAAUAAAGCCACCAGCAGUACCCCUUUGUCGAUAAACAUUCCACGUUUCUACUUCCCUAAAGGACUUCCGAAUGUCUGCACUAAUCAUGAAGAAGUCAUCGCCAGGAUUGAAGAAGCCUUUGCAGAGUUUGAAGAUGAGAAAGCAAACAUCUGUGAAAUGGGGAAAAUUGCUAAGAUAUGUGGCUGCCCAGUCUACUGGAAAGCACCUAUGUUCAAUGCAUCAGGAGGAGAAAGGACAGGAUGUGUAUCUGUACACUCAUUUGUAUCAUUGUGGAGAAA